CACGAGUCAGGCUGGUUGACUUGACUUGAGCAAAAAAAGAUUUUCGUUCGAGAGUUCCUGAACGCACCUCGGUGACGUAUCUCUUUUGACGCUCAUGGCGGGAGGCGGAGGUUGAAAGUCCUCGUAAUGCAAGCUGUGUUGACAUCGUGCUACUGCUAAGGUUUGCUAAGAGCAGCCUUAAGUUUUACGUAUGACUGAAGUUAGCAUGAUGGCGUCUGAACUGGUGAAAGACAACCCGCUGCUCUUACCUCUCAACGUGGAGAAAACGGUAUAUGAUGGAUUCAUCACCGUCCAGGAGAAAUACUUCAGACUGAGAGUACAGCUGCCGCCAGAUCGCCAUCUCAAAAAGGCCAAGCUGCAUUGCUGUUGGAAGUUAAAACACCUGUUGCGUGGGUAUGAACACACAGUGAAACAGAGGCUACACCAGUCUACUGAUCUUGUCAGUUUCAUACUGGAACUGAAGACUGUCUUGGAAGUGGUUCUAAAGUGCCAUCCUGAGUGCUCCUCAAUACCACCUCCACAGUACUACUCCCAACUCAUUUUCGAGAUUGAGAACCUUGGGUGGGACAAGUUGCUUUUCAUAGACACACAGUUUAAAAUGUUGAGGCUGAAAGCUGAGGACUCUUCAGGACGACAACACAUUCUCACCAUUGACCUCAAGUCUAAGUAUCCAGCAGAGGCUCCAGAAUGCACAGCUGACCUGCCAGUUCCCCUGGUCUUAACAUGGACUCCACAGUCUUCUUUAAACCAACUACACAGCCAGUUCCUGCUGGUUAUAGCAGCUCUGACGGAGUUCUGGGAUGUCCUUGAUGAGAUUGACACAAAGACCUGGAUUCUGGAACCGGAAAAGCCAAGUUUUUCUGACACUAUGAGGCGAAUAGUUAUUGGAAAUAAUGUCUCCAUUAAAGUGGAAGUGGAUCCCAGACAUCCAAAGAUGCUGCCAGAAUGCUGCCUGCUAGGAGCUGAGCAUGUUGUCACUCCACUGAGGGAUAAGCUGAACGCCAACAUGCAUUUGUGGAACCCGGACUCCAGUGUCUUGCAAAACCUCCAGGAUGUUUUGGAGAUCGAAUUCCUGUCACCUGCCACCCACGAAAAAUCUACAUUCAGUGUUGAGUGUGGGAUCUGCUACUCCUAUCGCCUGGAGGCUGCUAUACCUGACCAGGUGUGCACUGACCCUCACUGUGGUCAGCCCUUUCAUCAGGUCUGCCUGUAUGAGUGGCUGCGUAUGCUGCCCGCCAGCAGGCAGAGCUUUAGCACGGUUUUUGGAGAGUGUCCUUACUGCAGCAAGCCCAUUACAGUGAAAAUGGCAGCUAAGAAAUCCUGACAAGUUGCUUUGCGGACCAAUGAACUACUUAAAAACAAUUACACUCACAAGAAGAUGCAGGAAGAAACAAGAACAAAGAAAUAUCCCUAUUCUUGUUGAAAAGGGG